AUGGUUUCUUACUUGUACAUUGUUUGUUUUAUAGUUUUAAAUUCCUGCACAAGCGGAUUUUCAAAAAACAGUUACCUCAAGCAUGCUGUACCAGGAAAGAGUAAAUUAAAUGGGUGGCACAACUACGGGUACAAUUCUACAAAAUCGUUAGACAGUAAAAUAGAAGAGUUACACAGUAGAGUAAUAAACAAGAAUAAGAAUGAGCCUGAAUUUUUACAAGCAUUUGAAGAAGUAUUAGUAAGCUUAAAGCCAGUGUUUAAGAAGGAUAAUGUAUAUUUAGGGGUACUAGAAAAUAUAGCAGAGCCGGAAAGGAUAAUUCAAUUUCGUGUACCUUGGGUUAAUGAUAAAGGAGAACAUAAAGUGAAUAGAGGAUUCAGAGUUCAGUAUAGUUCAGUGCUGGGUCCAUAUAAAGGAGGGUUAAGAUUUCAUCCAACAGUUAAUAUAAGUAUUAUAAAGUUUUUAGGCUUUGAACAAAUUUUUAAAAAUAGCUUAACAACGUUACCUAUGGGUGGAGGAAAAGGUGGAUCUGAUUUCGACCCUAAAGAUAAAUCCGAAAAUGAAAUUUUGAAUUUUUGUCAAUCCUUUAUGAUAAAUUUAUUUAGACAUAUUGGACCUAACACAGAUGUUCCAGCAGGUGAUAUUGGUGUAGGUGGUAGAGAAAUUGGAUUUAUGUUUGGACAAUAUAAAAAAUUAAAAAAUGCAUUUGAAGGCGUAUUAACAGGCAAGAAUAUAAAAUGGGGGGGAAGUCAUAUCAGAUCUGAAGCAACUGGAUAUGGUGUUGUUUAUUUUGCGGAAAAUGCUCUUAAAAAUUUAAAUGAUAAUUUAAAAAAUAAAAUAUGUAUUGUUAGUGGAAGUGGUAAUGUUGCUCAGUAUUUAGUGGAAAAACUUAUCGAAAAAGGAGCCACAGUAUUAACUAUGAGUGAUAGUGAUGGAUAUAUCUUGGAGCCCAAUGGUUUUACAAAAGAACAAUUAAUGUAUAUAAUGGAUUUAAAAAAUAAUAAGAGAGAAAGAUUGAAAGAAUAUGUAAAAUAUUCAAAAAGUGCUAAAUAUUUUGAAAAAGAAAAACCAUGGAAUGUACCAUGUGAUGUUGUUUUUCCGUGCGCAACACAAAAUGAAAUUAAUGAAAAUGAUGCUGACUUGUUAAUAAAAAAUAAAUGCAAAAUGAUUGUUGAAGGUGCAAAUAUGCCAACACACAUUAAGGCAAUACAGAAAUUAAAACAAAAUAAAAUUAUCAUCUGUCCAUCCAAAGCUGCAAAUGCAGGUGGAGUAGCAGUAAGUGGAUUAGAAAUGAGUCAAAAUUCUAUGAGACUCCAGUGGACAGCUGAAGAAACGGAUAAAAAAUUACAGAUUAUUAUGAAAAAUAUUUAUGACCAAUGUGAUAAUGCCUCAAGAAUUUACCUGAACGAGUCAGAUUUAGUAGCUGGGGCGAACAUUUCGGGAUUUUUAAAAGUAGCUGACUCGUUCAUGGAGCAAGGAGGUUUAUGA